AUGGUCGCAGACGCACUUAUUUACCACCCUUCGGUGGCGCAAUACCUCAAAUUUGUCGCGACGACCGGUAUGACACCAUUGACUUCCAAGAUCCCACCAUUGCGUCUCCUCGGCCGCGAUAAAGCCCUCCGCACCCUACAAUAUGUCUCCCGUUUCCUCGCAUGGUACCUGUACCGCACGAACCACCCGGCGUCCUCGAUCGCGCCCUUCGAGGCCGCAAAGAAGCAGUUCGGCCUGACGCGCAAGCUGAUGCGCGUGGGCAAGUUCGUGGAGCACUUCAAGGCAGCGGCGGUCGCGAGCGAUGCGAAGAGCUUGGAUCCUGUGCUGAGGUACACUGCUGUGGGGAAGCAGUUGGGUUAUGCGGGGUACAUGCUUUUUGACAAUGCGGUUGUGCUCGACGCCGCCAACAUCUACAAGUACCCCGCCUCUGCGCGCCUCGUCCGUGAGGGCAACAAAGCCUGGUUCACGGGCAUCUCAAUGAGCAUCCUCUCCGGCUUGUACCAACUCUACCGCCUGCGUGAGCGCAGCGCCAAGCUGUCCAGCUCGAAAUCCGCGGAGGCGGAGCCCGUCGUCGAAGCGAAGAAGAUUGCGCGCGAGGCCAACGCUGUGAGGCUGCAGCUCUUGAGCGAUCUGUGCGACCUUACAAUUCCGGCGACGGCGUUGGGAUGGGCCAAGUUCGAUGAUGGGGUGGUGGGGAUUGCGGGUACGGUCAGUUCGUUGUUGGGGCUUUAUUCGCAGUGGAAGAAGGUUGCGUGA